UCGUCUCGCUGCAGGUUUGCCGAAGAAUGGAUGGUCAUUUAAGUUCAAGGCCGCCCAGACCCUGCGUUACAGCCACAGAAGUACCAAAAGCUCCAAAGGGUGCGUCUUAUAAGCAAGGACCACUUAUACUCACAGCAGUGGCGUUACAAGACCACAUCUUACAGAACCUUCAGCUACGGAACCUUUCUUUAAGUGAUCCAUUUCAUGCAGUGAAACCGGGGAGAGAGAUUAACCAUCGACUUAUCAAGAGAAAAGGGGUCAAGCCCAUUAUAGACACUGGAAUCAGAAGGAAGGCUACUACCAAGCCUAAAGUGGCUAGAGCCGAGGAAGAAUAUAUCCUGGAUCCUUCUCCUCCGCCGCUAACUCUAGCUCAGAAGUUGGGAAUUGUUGAGGGCCCUUCAAAGCCGCUCACUGCCGACGAAUGGAUAAAAGUGAAACAAAGGUCUAUCGACCAAGGAGACUCAUCCCAGCCAUGUGUGAUCUGCAAAGAAGAUUUCCAGCUCCAUCCACAGGUGCUGAUUUCAUGCUCUCAUGUAUUUCACUUGGCGUGCCUACAGGCGUUUGAAAGGUUUACCGGUAGGAAGACGUGUCCGAUGUGCAGGAAGGAUCGCUAUCAAACCAGAGUCAUACAUGAUGGAGCUCGACUUUUCAAGGCAAAAUGUGCCACCAGGAUACAAGCAUGCUGGAGGGGAUACAUUGUCAGAAAAUGGUACAAAAACCUAAGACAAACAGUACCUCCCAAUGACCCAAAAUUAAGAAAAAGGUUCUUUGAAGAAAAGCUCACAGAAAUUACGGACAGACUACUGCGGUCGUGCGAUACGGAUAUCGAUGUCCUAUUCAACGAAAUUGACAACUCCAUCGCCGCCAGUCGCAAAGUGCUCCGGCAGCUAGAUCUCCCAAACCUCACUGCACCAAGCGAAGGAGAAUGGGAAAAGAUACAAUUGCAGGCUGUCCGGCAGGAAAUAUUUGACUGUCCGAUAUGCAUCAUGCCGUUACAUCAUAAAACCGACUCGCUUCAGACAGAAGGUCACUUAGGCCAGUCUGUCCGCCCAGCCGUCCUUCUGUCCUGUUCACACAUCUUUCACUUUGCCUGCCUCCAGACAUUUGAAGAGUUCACGGCGGAGGAGCCCCACGUAUGUCCGUUGUGUCGAUCUUCAUAUCAAAAGAAAAUAAUUACAUGCUAAUUUUAACUUUUCUAGGAGCAAGGACCACAAAACAGAGGUCCCUAUUUAUUAAUUUUUUUACGUGUACCACAUUUAAAAAAAAAUAUAUAUUUUUUU